AUGGCAGCUACAAGAAGAUUGCAAAAAGAACUAAAUGAUCUGAGAGCAUCAGCAAUGAAGAAUUUCACUAACAUUCAGGUGGACGAAUCUAAUAUUCUAAAUUGGCAAGGAUUGAUUUUACCGGACAAUCCUCCUUAUAAUAAAGGCGCAUUUCGUAUUGAAAUAAAUUUUCCAGCUGAGUAUCCAUUUAAACCACCCAGAAUAACAUUUAAGACGAAAAUUUAUCAUCCAAAUGUUGAUGAAAAAGGUCAAGUUUGUUUACCAAUAAUUACUGCUGAAAAUUGGAAACCGGCGACAAAAACCGAUCAGGUGAUUCAAGCAUUAAUUGCAUUAGUAAAUGAUCCUGAACCCGAGCAUCCUCUGAGAGCGGACUUAGCCGAAGAGUUUCUUAAGGACAAAAAAAAAUAUUUAAAAAAUGCGGAAGAAUUUACAAAGAAGCAUGCGGAGAAAAGACGAGAACCAUCUUCUGCGGAAUAACGUUGAUGAGUCGUCGUAACUCACCUCGAUGCCUAAAAUAUAUAAAUACCGCAAGGAGACAGUUUUUUUUUUUUUUUUUAAUUCUUAUUUUAAAACAUAA